UUCACAGAAACAACAUUCAAAAUCAUGGAUAAAAGUUUCUCCAGCCCAUUGUUUCAUAACAAAAGUCCUUUCUCACCACGAACGCGACAAAGUUUAACAUCGAAACGGACCCUGGCUGCACCGGCAUUCAGGAAAUCAUCGCGCCUAAGUCUAUCCGGUCGUUCUACAGCUACUGCUCAAAUCAUUCUGAAAACACCCCAAAACACUGUUGAAAGGUUUGGCCAGCCUUUGCCAGUACUUGUCACUGAAGCUCUAACUUUUGCUGAUAGAAAUGCAGCAGUGUCAGCCAGAUUAUCUCCUGAGUGUGGAUAUGCCUGGUUAGUAUGUGGUCGCCGCCUCCUGAUAUGGCAGUACAGGGUUACACCCCUGCAGGUUCAAAGUGGUACACCAAAAAGGGGUGGCAUGACUAACCAGUGCUAUGAACUGCAACUACCACAGAGUGAUUUGGCACACAAGGCAGAGUUAGUUGCUGUGUUUCCUUCAAGUGGCAACACAUUCCCUUCAUGCAUUGCUGUCUCACCUGAGGGAGUAGUUAGGUACUGGCCAGUGGUUACUCAUGAGGGCAUGUCAGUUGAGCAACAGAUAGACUUGCAAGGACAAGAAUGUGAUAGUCUCACUUCAGUUGAAGGAUUGGGAUGUAUUUUGGCAACUACCACUUGUACAGUUGUUCUGGUGCAGAGGACUGAAGUUCCUAGGCCUGCUUUAUCUUGCAAUACUUUGAAAAUGCCUUCAGGAUGGCUUGGUGGGAUCAGUAAGAGAAUGUCUUCAUUUAUUUUUGGCCCAAUUAGUACUGAUACUUCAGCAGAAACGCGGAUGGUAAGAGUUCUUGCUACCGCAUUAGAAAAUCAAUCAUGGCAUAUUUACGUCCUCGCUGGACAUUCUCUACAAAAAUGGAAACUAUCCAAUCAUGAAUCCGAAGAAUUUCUCUACGCCGCUGACUUAACUCGUCCGGUUAAAGAAGGUUUCUUUAAUACAUUCUGGGAGACCUGUGGCGGUGAAAUCAACGAUGUCGAAUCGUGGAUUCUCGACAUUCAAGGCGAUUCCAAUACUCUCACUUUGCUCGCUGCAGCAGUCAACACCCACAUCUCUCCACAAAUUCACUACGCAUUGAUAACAGUCGAUGCUUCACCAACCCCGGCGCAUUUCACCAGCUUCAAUGUUCUCAAACUAACCGGAAUUUAUUCCGAGGAGAAUUCAUUGGAAAGUUUGGCAUACAGAUUCAUCACUUGCAACCAUACUUCUUACAUUCACAAUCGUCGUAGUAUCACCGUGGUUAAACCACAUGAAGAACCCGAUUGUCUGGAAUUUAAUUCACCGCAGGAUUAUCUACUUGGCGGGUCAAUUUGCGUCAAUGCGCCGGUUUUCUUCUCCAGAAAUUACGGUUUGGUGUCUGUUGCUGCUAAUGACACCGAUGUUAAUACAAGCAUCAUGAGUACCGGUACCCCGUUAGAAACUUCUAUUUUCGAGAGCGGCGCAAAUGCUGGGAAUUUAACAUUGUAUUCCAUAAAUCCGGAAGAGUUACAAAUUGCUUACAAGGAUGCAGUGAGCCAAUUUUCUGCAGCAUUCGUGUAUCACAUACAUAAUAAAAUAGACGAAAGAAAUGCAAUUAUUAGCGAAACUUUCGCCAUGGACGACAGUUACAAGCCCGGUAUUGAUUCUCCCAUCGACCGAGUCGUUGUAUCAAUCAGUAACGACAUAUUGGCGGACACUCCAGCUAACGAUCCACACUGGGUGAACAAGCCGGUUGGUUUGGGCAGUUCGUACGCAAUGCAAAUCACGCCGCAAAUCGAAGAUAAACAAAGAUCUCAUGCGCUUUUUGUAAAGUUUCUCAAAGAGUCCGAAACCUGGAAGAAGCUCGGCGCUGUUACGCUGCGUAACUCUGCUAUGUUAACCGGUCACGUCUUAGCGGAGAAUAGUGAGAAAAUCGUCGCAGCAUUAGCACUGCGUGCAAGACCUGUGGAUGAUAUUAUCCAGCGAGCGAUUGAUGCAGCUGUAGAUGGUCUGGAUAUUUAGGAGGGUGGACUAACAAGUCAAAAUAUUUUCUAUACUCAACUUUACAAGUUUCAAAAUGUCAUCAUCGAGAUGGUGGCGAACUGUGAUUCCGCUGCACAUUCAGAUAUGAAUCCUAAUGAGGUGGCACUCAUGAUCCUUAACACAAAUGUGGUGAUUUUGGACGUUUUGCAGCAAGUAUUAAGUUAUCGGCAAGCUAAUGCUGAGUAUUAUGAGCCGAUUUGUUGUUCUCUGUCAGCGGAGUUUGUGCCAUGGACUGCAGCAAGUGGCAAGGAUGGUUUAAUGGAUAGUUUGAUUUCUCUCCAAUACUUGACUUAUAACUACGGCGCGAAGGCAACAAGCGAAUUUGAUCUUCAGAAAACAUUGUUUGAACAACAAGUUGCGCUAAUUGAUAUAAUUCUUGAUGGCAGAAAAUCUCAUCAUCAGAGCAUUCAAGGUGGACCUAAUGCUGAUAUUAUGUUCAAACAGUACGCAUUAGACCGAAAGAAGUUAAUUCAACCAUUGAUUGAAGAGGCGCAAUGGGAUGGUGCAGCGACUUUAGCUGAAAAAUAUCUCGAUUUUGAAUCACUUAUUCUUAUCUGUGAGAAAACCAACAAUCAAUCACGCUUGGACACGUACAUGGAGCGUUUUAAAGAUCAAGACUUUCCUAAUUUUGUUUACAACUGGUUCCUACAGGAGAAUAAACAAGGAAAACUUAUCGAUCUCUGCAAUCGUCACGACGUUCCAAAUCAAUCCUCUCAAAAUCUACGCAGUUUCUUAACUACACAUCCGACGUUAUCUUGGAUUCAGAAUACAUUUGAUCGAAAUUUCUUAGAUGCUUCAGCUACCUUAAAGCGUCUAGCGUUGAACGAAACCGAUUCGCUCACAAGGCAAAAAACUAUGUUGAGUUUAGCUAAGCUGGCGGCUCUCACAAGUGCAAAAACUAACGAGAAAGAAAUUGAGAACAUUAAUAUGCAACUAGAUUUGAUUGUUUAUCAGGAGGAACUACCCGAUUAUGUUCUGCAACAGUAUGGCUACGAUAGUUUAAAACCGAGCGUAAUUCCAGCAAAGGAAUUGAUACAUUUAUACACUUGUGAGGAGUAUAAAGAUGCUACUGAAUUAGAUUACAAGAAAAGUUUGGAUUUGUUGAGUUUUAUCAAGGAUGAAGAGUUGCAAAAGAAGCUGGCGUUGAAUAUUUGGAAGAGCGCAAUUUUGAGAGAUCAUUGGGACGAUAAGAACUUGGAUUCCCCGAUUGAGAUAUUGCAAAACAAACUUAUGUUUAAAAUUGUAGAUUUGGCGUUAGUUUUGGGUGCUGAUCCCAAAUCGCUUCUGCCUCCCUUAAAUUCAUUAUUAAAUCACCCUGAACUUGUUGAAUUGCAAAACAAUAAGAGUUUUGAAUACCUUCUGAGGACUGGAUAUGAACAUGUCUCGAAUAUAAUGGAGAUUUAGAAUAUGUCUGUUUCUAUUUAACUAUUUUCAUAAUAAAAUAAAUUUGAAAGCGUUUUUACUCUGAA